UGGUGCAGGACGGGACCUCCCACAAAUGAAGAUGGGACCAGGAUAUUAGGGUUGCUUUACAAGUUUUACAUCCCCGGUCUGUGGACGUACUGCUCGGCUGCUGCUGCUGGACACUUGGAAACUAACAUCAACUAUCGAACAAAAGAAAACUUUCCUCACUGACUGUGCAAGAUGUCCGUUGCAGGGUUUAAGAAGCAGUUCUACAAAGCCAGUCAGAUGGUGAGUGAGAAGGUUGGAGGUGCUGAGGGAACCAAACUGGAUGAAGACUUCAAGGACCUUGAGAGGAAAGCGGAUAUUACCAGCAAAGCAGUGGUGGAAAUCAUCAAUAAAACGUCAGAGUACCUCCAGCCCAACCCGGCAACGAGAGCUAAGCUUUCGAUGGUCAGCACAGUGUCCAAAAUGCGCGGGCAGGUCAACAGUCCUGGCUACCCGCAGCCUGAGGGCCUCCUGGGGGAGAGCAUGACAAAAUAUGGACGGGAUAUGGGCGAGGAAACCAACUUUGGUGGGGCUCUCACAGAUAUUGGCGAAUCAAUGAAAAGGAUGGCUGAGGUCAAGGACUCCCUGGACAUUGAUGUGAAGCAGAACUUUAUUGACCCACUGCAGGCAGUCGCUGAGAAGGAUAUCAAAGACAUUCAGUACCAGCUGAAGAAGCUGGAAGGCCGUCGUCUCGACUACGAUUAUAAAAAGAAACGUCAGGGUAAAAUCCAAGAUGAAGAGAUCAGACAAGCCCUGGAGAAGUUCCACGAGUCCAAAGAGAUGGCUGAAGCCUCCAUGUACAAUCUGCUGGAAACGGAUGUGGAGCAGGUGAGUCAGCUGUCUUCAUUUGUGGAGUCUCUGCUGCAGUACCACAAACAAGCUUCAGAGAUCCUGGAGGAGCUUACCGGAAAACUGAGAGAAAGGGUGAAUGAAGCUCAAUCUCGUCCAAGACGUGAAUACACACCCAGACCCAAACCAACGUAUGACUAUGGAGAGGUGGAAGAAUCAAAUGGAGGAUACUCACCAGCUGCAUCAACCUCUCCAGCUUACUCUUCCGCCCCUGCACAAUAUCCAGGUCCAUCCUUCAAAGGAUCCUCCAGCAAGAGCCGACCGACUGAGCCGUGCUGUAAAGCUCUGUACGACUUUGAGCCAGAGAACGAAGGGGAGCUGGGCUUCCAUGAGGGCGAGAUCAUCACCUUGGUCAAUCAAAUUGAUCACAACUGGUUUGAGGGAGCCAUUCGAGGCAAAACUGGAUACUUCCCUAGCAACUACGUCGAAGUGAUGGUGCCUCUGCAACACUGAAAACCGCAAAGCGAGAGGGAAGUGGAGAGGAUAAACAUGGGGGAUGGUAGUGGAUCAUCAGCUCUCAAUAACCAAAACAUAUCUAAUCUUUGUUUUAUUUAAAGGGUAAACUAAGACAGGGACCUAAUUUGAACCAAGGAGUUAUUUCAGUAUAGAGCUUUUUUUUUCUUUUUUUUUAAAUGUGUGCGGUCUAUAAGGAUAGGGAAAAUCAGUCAAAAAAUGACACCACAAUGUGAGCAUUCACCGUAUUCUGAGUAUUUACAGUCAUUCUCUAACCACCGGUGCACUUUCUACACUACACCUCCAUCACUGGGACUGAUGAGGCAAGAUCACGAGAGAAUAACAUCUUCAUGUUAAAUAUUCACAAACACUAAGAAGUGCAAGUACUUCUUCCUAUAUUCCUUACCGAUUUGAUACUCACAAGAUGACGUUCUAUGUAUUGUUGAUGUUGGUACGGCAUGCAUGCAUGUAGAGGCUUGUCUUCAUGGCCUCUGUCCAUGUUUGAGACUCCGCUGCCAUCUAGUGGUUCUACGGAUCACUCUUAGCGAUGUAACGAUGCUACUAUUGCUUUCCAAAUUCACGUUUGGUGUCUUGUGUUUGUGUGGAUUUUUUAUUUGAAAAAUAGCCGUAGCCAGUCCAUAGGUUGACUGACAGCUGUAAUCAUUUGUUUUGUCAUUACUACACCACUGCCAAUCAGAUUUCUUCUUUGGCAGCUCUACAAACGUCAGCAGUUUGUUUGAGACCAAAAGGUUGUUUUACAGGCUAUUCCUGUUGGGAUUGUUUUUCUAUGAAUAAGCUUCAAUUUUCAAUCUUUUAACACAAUCAAUUGUUGUUUCUUUGCUGUUAAUUUACCGACCGCAAUGUUUCUCACUGCUUCUCUACUCGUGGAUGAGACAGCCUUUGUCAUAAGAAGGAAACAUAUUUAUGUUCCCAUGCAUGUGCAACUCUGCAAAAUGUUUAUACUCCACAUUUUAAAGUGGAACCUGACUUACAAAAAUGUAACGUGAAUCCACCCCACCUCAAAUAUUUUUGCAGCAUUAAGCCAAAGCCAUAAGCCUCCUUCAGUUCCUCUAUUUUCUCAGGCUGAAUUGAUACUGCAGGCGGUGUCACGCACAAUGUUUUCUUGGGCUUUUCUACCAAGCUGUUUGACAAUGAAUUUUGGUCUGUUUGUGUCCCCCCCCCCCUCCCAUCAUGCUGAGGUAAGCUUGGCUUUAGUACUCUUGACAUAUAAUUUGGAGCAUGUAAAUGAAUCUGAUGUGUUUUUGUACCUGCCUCAGUGUUCAGUCUGAAAUUGUGCUCCAGACCGCACAGAAAAUGCUGCAAAACUAUCAUUCAAACAAUCGUGUGCGGCGUUUACUAAUAAUGAGGAAGGCCUCUGCACAAUGGCUAGUUUCAGUUCCAAUUAAGCGUUUUACACACUGACCAUGAGCUGAGGAGGGUUUGUGUUGUUCACUAAAAUACCAAACUUUCUCUUCCUGUCAUGAUCCCCUUGUUAGGCCCCACCGCCUCCACCCCCCCCCCCCCCCCAAUCAACUCAUCUCUCCCAUCUCUGUUUGUACCGGGAGUGGAACAGACAGGUCUUUUCAGAAGGGAGGCUACCAGCAGUGGAUUAUGCCCUCCCUCCCCCAGUGGUCUUUAUCCACCACCUGCCCCUGUACCCCCCCCCCUUUUCUCAUUAUCAUCCCGAUCCCAUGGUGUCUCUGGGAGCCUCCCGGUCCGCAAUAAUGUCCUUGUAUUUUGUUCAUAGUCUCUUACGUGUUAUCUUUGCAUGUGCUGAGCAGUAGCUGUGAGGUUCAGGUGUGGGUUUACGUGCCUCAUUACACUAAAUCAAAAGCCAUGACUUUUUUAGAGGGGAGAAUAGGGUCAGGGGUCCAGCUGGAGCCAUUAUGCAGCUUGUAUAAUAUUGAUGAUGAAUAAUGUUGUUGUGUAAAAGGCGAAGAUCAAUUUUUGUGUGGCCCUGCUGUCACAUCUGAAAUAGCUGUCUUAAUAGCUUGGUUGACAUUUAUUGCAACACUACAUUCUGUGAUUGCUCGUACUGCAUCCAUAGCCAUGUGUCUUUCAACUAUGCAAUAAUGAUGAAUGAAGUAUUAUCUGACUUUUAAGCUUUAUUUUACUAUGCACUAUCUUAUUGGAGUUUUCUUUGUUGAACUGUAAACGCUUUGCAUGAGUCCUCAUUGCAGCCUUUGUGUCUUACACAAUGUCUUAUCUUUUGUAACUGACACUGUGGGGAGGCAAAAAGUGGGGUUAUCCUGGAUUAGUUUUAGGAGAUAUAGAUUACCUCUGUACAAAGUGUAUCUGUGUAUUGUAUGCGUUUGUUACCAUGUAAAGGAGAAUGGAUGCUGCGGUCACUUCUUCAAAUAAAUAUUAGAAUAUUCAUU